AUGGACGACAAGAAGAUUCCGUCUGAGAGCGCCAGCACCGCGUCGGAGAGUGGCGGGGUGCAGGCAUCAAUCUCUGAUCCCAAGUUUACGAGAAAGUUGAUUCGAAAGAUAGACUACGUGCUCAUUCCAUGGCUUGCCCUUCUCUAUUUGCUGAGCUUUCUGGACCGCACAAACAUCGGCAAUGCCCGACUGGCGGGUCUGGAGGAGGACCUAGGGAUGUCGGGUCUCGAUUAUAAUGUAUCUCCUCUUAAUGACUGCGUCGCCCUUGCCAUUUUCUUCCCAUUCUACGUCGCCGCCGAGAUCCCAUCGAACCUGAUGAUGAAGAAAUCCCGUCCUGCGCUCUGGAUCCCGAUUAUCAUGGUGGCCUGGGGUAUAUGCUGUACGCUGAUGGGGACUGUGACCAACUACCCUGGGCUCCUGGCAGCUCGCGCUGCGUUGGGUAUUGCCGAAGGUGGUCUGUUUCCUGGUGUUACCUUCUACAUCACCAUGUGGUAUAAACGUCACGAAUGCGGCUUGCGCAUGGCCAUCUUCUUUUCUGCCGCCACGGCUGCGGGUGCCUUUGGAGGCCUGCUGGCUCGCGGCAUCGUCGAGAUGGACGGCAUUGGAGGGAAAGCGGGAUGGUCGUGGAUUUUCAUCAUCGAGGGUCUGGUGACUUUUGGAAUUGCUAUCGCUGCAUUCUUCGUGAUGAACGACUAUCCGGAUACUGCCAAGUUCCUCACAGCCGAGGAAAAGCUUGUAAUCCAGAAGCGAUUAGAAGAAGAUCGCGGAUCCUUGGCGGACGAGUUCCGCAUGCAAUACUUCUGGGAUGCCGUCAAAGAUUGGAAGAUCUGGGUACACAUGUUUAUAACUAUAGGCAUCUACACUCCCCUCUAUUCCUUCUCGCUGUUCCUGCCUACGAUUGUCAAGACUCUGGGAUACACGAACGAGACCGCUCAGCUGAUGACCGUCCCGCCGUAUGUGGUUGCGUGUGUCUUCUGCAUUGGGGGCGGAUUCAUGGCAGAUCGGCAAAAGAGACGUGGAAUUUACAUGAUCUGCUUCAACAUCGUCGCAAUCAUCGGCUUUGUCAUGCUCAUUGCAUCGGACAACCUGGCAGUCAAGUAUGCGGGCACAUUCUUUGCCGCAGCCGGCAUCUAUCCAAACGUCCCACAGGGCGUCGCAUGGAACGGCAAUAACAUUGGAGGAUCCGUGAAACGCAGCGUUGGAAUUGCUAUGCACGUUGGCUUCGGCAACCUAGGCGGUGCCAUCUCCGGAUUCAUCUACCAGACCAAGGACUCGCCUAACUUCUAUCCCGGACAUGGAACGCUUAUCGCGACCCUGUCCAUGUCUACGAUUCUUUGUAUCUUCAUGCACAUCUACUUGAGACGGGAGAACGCGCGACGUGAUAGGGAGUACGCCAAGGCGCCGGAGGAUUACACUGAUGAGGAGAGAAGAUUGGAGCGCGAGAAGGGUGAUUAUGCCAGCUUUUUCCGAUAUACCAUUUGA